CGCAUCACGAAAUGAACAACGGCUUGAUCUAGAUUCUUCUCGAAUUGAAUAGCUCGUAAACAAAGCCAGCCACAUUGGCAGCGUCGUAGCCGAACUCAGCUUGGCCCUCCUCCUCUGCCCGAACCGUUGCGAUUUUUAGCGAACCCUAAGUCGUCCGGUUUCGUACACAUUCAGUUGCUUUUUCAUCGGUUAAAUCGAAUUCUCAAGUUCGUUCGGAUUUUCACUCAUCGAUUUCAACUUCCGUGCUCUAAUUAGGUGUUUGUAGCUAUUGAACUGCUAUGGCAGAUCAGCACUCUAAUGAAGGUUCGAGUACGGGCAAUGUCUCCGGGGAAUCUUCAGAUUCAUUUGUAGAGCUUAAGAUCAAGACUCUGGAUUCACAGAUUUUUAGUUUCCAUGUUGACAAAAGUACACCAGUUUUGUUGUUCAAGGAGAAAAUAGCUAAUGAAAUUGGCGUUCCAGUUGGUCAGCAACGGCUGAUUUUCAGGGGGAAGGUCUUAAAGGAUGAACAUCUCCUUUCAGAAUAUCAUGUUGAGAAUGGGCACACAUUGCACUUAGUUGAAAGGCAGCCAGCCCAAUCACAGCCUUCAUCUGAUACAAGUUCAGGAGAGACAAAUGGAAAUAACGCUAAUCAAGGAAAUGAUGCUAGUGCAGGCAUUCCUCGUAAUCGAGUUGGGCAAAUUUCGCACAGUGUGGUUCUUGGGACCUUUAAUGUUGGAGAUCAAGGUGAAGGCAUAGUUCCAGACCUUACUCGGGUUAUUGGGGCAGUUCUAAAUUCUUUUGGUGUUGGAGGUCAGCCUACUACUAAUGGUAUCAACAGUACACAAUCUUCAACAUCUGCUUCUCAAGGAAAUGAAACAGAUGGAGCACCUAGUGGUGGUCAGAACCAAGCAGGAAAUCAGACACAGUCUGCUCAAUCAUUUCCUGGUCAAACAUUUCAAUUUUCUCCUCAAGUUAUGCCAAUUUCUUUGACUCCGGCAGCAAUGCCUGUUCCUUCACUUAAUUCGCCAAUUCCUGAUGCUUUAAAUACUCUCUCUGAGUUUAUGAACCACAUGGAGGCACAUUCCCCAAAUGGCUAUCAGCUGCACUCUUCUACAACUAAUAGAGGAGACCAACCUAGGGUAGAAUUACCGUCUGAUGCACGGGGCUUGCCAACACCUGAAGCAUUGAGCAUUGUGAUGCGACAUGCAGAACGGCUUCUCAGCAGUCAUGCUAUUGCUGCAUUGUCUCAUAUUGCAGAACGUUUGGAGCAAGAGAGGAAUUCUCCCGAUCCUACGGUAAGGGGGCAAAUUCAAACAGAAUCAAUGCAAGUAGGCCUUGCAAUGCAGCAUUUAGGUGCCCUUCUUUUAGAGCUUGGUCGAACCAUUUUGACGCUGCGUAUGGGACAUUCUCCUGCAGAAUCUUCAGUCAAUGCUGGACCAGCAGUUUAUAUAUCUCCUUCAGGGCCAAAUCCUAUAAUGGUUCAGCCUUUUCCCCUUCAAACCAGCUCCCUCUUCAGUGGUUCUCAUUCUCCAUCAAAUCCUCCGACUCUAGGUCCUGUUGGUGUUGGAACUGCUCCAAGGCACAUCAACAUCCAUAUACAUGCUGGCACUGCACUGGCACCCAUCAUUUCUGCAGUUGGUAACAGAACAAGCAAUGGGGAAGGAGUGCAAGGAGAACGUGGUAAUAAUGCUGGUUCUGGUUCAAUGCGGGUUCUUCCUGUGCGAAAUGUUCUUGCUGCUGCUGUCCCAGCACGUCCUACUGGUGCAGUGUCCAGUGCAGCACAAUCUGCACCAACUGACUCGUCAAUAUCCUCUAUUGUUGCUGAAGUCAAUUCGCGACUUAGAAACUUUGUUAGUAACAUGCAAGGAGGAAACCAGGUUGCAUCAGGUAAUGGACAGCCCGGUAAUGUUGCUGUUAGUGGAGCUGGGGAUUCUAAUGUUGCAUUACCAGCAGACAUUCUUCAAACUGAAGAACGGAAGUCACAACCUCAACAUGCUGAAGGAAGUAACAAUAUUAUGGAGAGUGGUGUGCGUUCAAAGGAUGUAUCAACUGGCACAGUGGAAUGCCCUCCAAGUUCAAGUGGAGAACUCUUGGUAAAGUCAGAAGACCCUUCAGGAAGUGUUCUGAGAUCCAGUGAGGAUAAUGCCAAAGCUGUUCCACUUGGAUUGGGGUUGGGGGGUUUGGAACGUAAGAAGCGAAUCAAGCAGACAAAAUCACCUGUUAGUACUGGUGAUAGUGGAACAACUAGUUCUUCUCUUGAUCAGAACUUGAGUGUUAGAACAACUGGCCAACAGAUUUUGCAAUCACUUGUAUCUCGGAGCUCUUCUGUGAAUAGGGUGGAACAUGAUGCGUCCCCAAGUAAUCCAGGUGUUCAGAGUAGUAGAUUGUCAGGAGGGCAAGGUUCUGAUGAUCAAUUAGAUGCUGCUAAUGCUGUCUCUCAAGUUCUUCAAAGCCCUGCAUUAAAUGGCUUAUUGGCCGGGGUUUCAGAGCAGACUGGUGUUGGUUCACCAGAUGUUUUUAGGAAUAUGUUGCAGCAACUCACUCAAAGCCCCCAAAUCAUGAACACUGUCGGUCAACUAGCUCAGCAGGUUGAUAGCCAGGAUAUUGGGAACAUGUUUUCAGGAUUAGGAGGAGGCCAAGGUGGUGGAAUUGAUCUGUCACGGAUGGUACAACAAAUGAUGCCUAUCGUUUCUCAGGCUCUUAGUCGCGGGGCAUCUGCACCUCCACCAUUUCCUGCUGUAGAACCUCAAUCGCAGGGCCAGCUUGAUGGGAGGAAGUCAAGUGCAGCUGACAAACCUUGUGAUCGUGAUUUUCAGGAUGAUAUUCAACAAAUGGCUCAGAGGAUUGAACAAUCGAAUUCCCCUGGCGAUGUCUUCCACACUGUUGCUGAAAAUGCAGUUCGGGUAUAUGGCAAUGGAAGGAAUGCUGAAGAACUUCUGAAUGAGUUGUGUGGUGAUGAGGGUCUUGCCAAGGAAUACACAGAGAUGCUACAGCGGGACGUACAUCAAAGAUUUCAGGACAAAUCUGAGGAGGACAAGAGCUAAGUUCUUCAAUUUUGAGAAGUCUUGUCCUGUACUGGGGGGUCAUUUUCUUUGUUUUAUCGGUUCAUACCCAGAAUCCAUGUAUAAACUUUAGGCUUCUGGUGGCUUUGUUUGAUAUACGCUUUAAGUUAUAUUUGAUCUGUUUGUUUCAAAUGUGCUUUUUUGGUUAAUUGUGCAUCAAAUUGGAAUUAUGGUGAUAUCUAUAUGUCCUGUUCCCUGUCAGAAUGAUACAAAUUCCAGUAGCUCUUCUUUGA